AUGAAGUGGAGUUUUAAAGAGGAACAUUCCUUAGGUAGGUUAAGUCGUACACCUUAAUUUAUCGCUUUGACAAUAUUCUCACCGCUGUUUCUCUGUUAUUGUAGAGUCAAGAUGCCACGAAUCUGCCAAGAUAAGGGCGAAGUAUCCUGACCGAAUUCCCGUGAGUGCUCUUGUCCAAACGUUAUUUUUGGUAGUAUCAAGCAAGAUUGAUUUACUAUUAUUAUUGUUCUAGGUCGUUGUUGAGAAAGCACCUAAAACCAGCAUUCAAGAUAUCGAUAAAAGGAAAUUUCUUGUUCCUUCGGAUCUGACAGGUAAGCUUGCCAUUAAACGGGAAAUACUGUAAACUGAAUGGGCUAAACUCGACGUAGUUUCGUCCUUUGUUUCAGCUCGAGGAUUUUGUUUGUUGUGUCUCGUUGAUAACCAUUAAAGUGUUUAAAUUUUUGCCUAUUUUACUGUGUAUUAUCAUAUAUUGUUCCUAUGUGACAAAAAAUUUGUGAGCUAUAUAAUUGUGUUUCCUUUCAGUGGCGCAGUUCAUGUACAUCAUCCGGAAGAGAAUUCAGCUUCCUCCAGAAAAGGCGAUGUUUCUUUUUGUCAACAAAGUUCUUCCACAGACAAGGUUUGUUGCAAAUAUGUUAGCAAGCUUUUAAAACGAAUGUCUCGUUGUAAGUUUGUAUCACAUUAGUUACAGAGCAGAUUAGCGAAGCAAAAUCACCGUCUUUUUCCUCAACGUAGUUAUUUUUUGCGACCGUUUUGUUUACAUCGUUAAAUCUGCCUUCCAAAGAAGAACUCUGGUUUCGAGUGAGUUUGUCUUUUAAGCAAUAUCGUAUUUUUUUUUCGUCUACCAAACUAAAACGGAGAUUUAGUUCUUAAAUAGUUCGGUCUUAAUAGAGGAGAUUCGAAAGUGUCCCAGAAAGAGAAAUUCAGACGUCUUUGCAGUUGCGGCGCUUUUACUUGUAAUGGCCGCUCUCAGAUUCCAAACUCUUUCAUCGCUAACCCGUAUCUUAGUCUCCUAUCGACGCUUUUCCUCGUUUCACAGCUGUCUUUUGGAAAGGCUUGUAUGUGCUUUGUUUAUUUUCCCCACGGAUCCCUUUGGUUUUUGUGCGAAAAGAGGAGCUCGUUCCUUAUGCCAAAGAAUUUCGCAAUUUUAAUUGUAAGUCAACAGAGGUACAUAACCAAGAGCGGAGGUUUUGUCGGGGAAUAGAUAUUUCUUACAGCUCCUGGUAAUUUAGGCUUGUCCGAAUAGUACCAAGAAGAAAGAAAGCUGUUUAAGUCGUAAUUUACAUUUGCUGGUGGCAGAAUAUAUAAUUCACCAAAAUGUGCUACCUUGUUUAUACUGACAGUGCGGAUGGGUCUUUGAUAAUAUGGUAUGCUCCUACCUUGUGCAUUUGUGUUUUUGCGUGUACAUAGAGAUUUUCCUUUUUUUUUUCUUUCUUUUUUUUCUUUUUCAAUAAAGAACAUAUACUUUUCCAGAAGAAUAAUUUAACAUAGAAACAAAGGUCAAAUUACAGUCUGUUGAUCAAUUCUACAUCCAGUUUGCCUGAGUCUCAUGUGAACUUAAAAGUUGCCGUGUGACUUACCUCAUGUAACAACACCAUCCAGUUAACUUAUCCGGGAGGUUUCUGUAUUUCUGUUUUGAGAUUCUGCUUUCCCUUCUAUAUCACUCUUUUUCAGUAUCUUAUCGUUACCCUGUAGUUCACAACAUUUAGCAGUGGUAUUGCAUGAUUUUCAGAACCAUCUUUCUUUUUCUAAGAACUCAGCUGUAGUUUUUUUGUUUAACAAUUUGAGAGGUUCAAAGUCACCAUGAAUGCAUCAUACAGAUUUUUAGCAAUUGAAACUGUUCACUUGUGAAAUUUAAGUCAACAAAAUAGACCAAAAAACCAGCCAAAACAAAAGUACAAGUGCAUAAAAUUUUUUAAGUUAACAGACACUUUUCAGAGUAUUUGAUAAGAAAAGUGGGGAAGCAAGUUCUUUGGUUGUGUGUUGUAACUGACCUGGUUCCAUAGUAAUUCACCCAACAAUGCAUACUCACUGUUUGUACUUUUCCCUUUUAGUUCAACCAUGGGUUCUAUCUACGAAGAACACAAAGAUGAAGAUGGCUUCCUGUACAUUGCCUAUAGUGGGGAAAACACUUUUGGAAUGUAA